AUGGCGCUUGCACCGGCCUUUGUCGCUGCAAAUAGUGGGCCUCUGUCGCACUUGGUCCAACAGGAGAGACCGCGAACAGUCUCAACUCCGGAGGUCUCAACAAGUCGCAGCCAGGGCUCAAAAGCUGCCGUGGCCGCGGGGUCGUUGGCGUUGGUGCUGGGAAGCCGUACGAAAGGUGUCCGACGUGCAAAGAAGGUGCAUGUUGUUCCAACAAGGACUACCCGGCCAGCUGCGCCUUCAGGUGUCUAUUGCGAAGCUGCGGAGAAAUGUGAACGCCGAAAGACACGCACAGUCUAUGUUGGAGAAGUUCCGGUAGGCUCUGAGCAUCCCAUUGCCACACAGACCAUGCGCGACACCCAGCCACCAUCAGCCACCGGUGUCCGAUUUGAGAUUUUCGGACAAGGGGCCUUUUUGACUACCACCCUGACGAGUGAUGUCGACGGAACCGUGGAGCAGAUCAAGAAAUGCGCUGACAUGGGCAUUGACAUCGUCCGAAUUACAGUCCAGGGCAUGAAAGAAGCGAAGGCAUGCGAAGGCAUCAAGAAGAAACUGCUGGAAGACGGUUACAAGACGCCCAUCGUGGCUGACAUCCAUUUCACCCCAAAGGUGGCCCUGGUCUGCGCGGAUUUUGUGGACAAGGUACGAGUGAAUCCAGGCAACUUCACUGAGGGCCCGGAACCCGAAAUCAUCAGAGAUCGCUGCGAGAUCGGCCGAAAGUCCUUUGACACCAUCGACGAGUUGUCUGAGGAGGACAUCAAGGAAGCCCAGGAUGCGAUUGAAGAGGCGUUGACCCCCUUGGUUUUGAAGCUCAAGGAGCAAAACAAGGCAAUGCGCAUUGGUGUGAAUCAUGGCUCCCUGUCCGAGCGAAUUCUCUUUCAAUACGGCGAUUCGCCGGAAGGCAUGGUGGCCUCGGCUAUCGAGUUUGGGGAGGUCUGCAGGAAACACGACUUUCACAACUUUAUCUUCAGCAUGAAGUCCUCCAACCCCCAGGUGAUGGUCAAUGCAUACCGCCAGCUGGCCCGAGAGAUGUACAAGCUGGGUUGGGACUAUCCCUUGCACCUGGGUGUCACAGAAGCUGGAGGUGGUGCUGAUGGAUUUGGCCUCAGGAAAACGGGGAGAACGCUGACCUGGAGGAGUUCCCUCGGAAGCCGCAUCAAGUCCGCCGUGGGCAUUGGCGCACUGCUGCUGGAUGGUCUGGGUCAGAUUCUGAGCCAUGGACGCAUCAGUUCCUCGCAUUGGCUCAUAGACUGCAGCAUGGAGCAUGAUAGCGGCUACCUGGGUCCUCAGCAUGAGUCAAGUGCAAAUGCUGAAAGUGGCCAGCUUUCGCAAGUGCCAGGCAGUCUUCAGGGCAAGAUGUCGCAAUUGGAGUGGGAGGAAGAGUUCCGCCGGCGUCUGAUUGAGGCAGAAUACCAGUACGAAGUGCUUGACACGGAAGAGCGCUUCAGAGAAGAACUCCGGCUCAUGGAUUUGAAGAGCUUGGAGCGUGAAAGACGAGAGAAAGCCUUUGAAGCUGGCCAGCUGAGCAUCGACGAAGAGGAAGCGCAGGACGAGGAGGAUGAAGUGGAUUCACCGUUGUACGACCUCAUCAGUUGGAUUGGAAACAUGAUGUUCCCAGCAAGUCUUCGCGUUGCUGAUGGCGUUGAUUCCGGGCCAAAUGGACGCAUCAGUUCCUCGCAUUGGCUCAUAGACUGCAGCAUGGAGCAUGAUAGCGGCUACCUGGGUCCUCAGCAUGAGUCAAGUGCAAAUGCUGACAGUGGCCAGCUUUCGCAACUGCCAGGCAAGAUGUCGCAAUUGGAGUGGGAGGAAGAGUUCCGCCGGCGUCUGAUUGAGGCAGAAUACCAGUACGAAGUGCUUGACACGGAAGAGCGCUUCAGGGAAGAACUCCGGCUCAUGGAUUUGAAGAGCUUGGAGCGUGAACGACGAGAGAAAGCCUUUGAAGCUGGCCUGCUGAGCAUCGACGAAGAGGAAGCGCAGGACGAGGAGCAUGAAGUGGAUUCACCGUUGUACGACCUCAUCAGUUGGAUUGGAAACAUGAUGUUCCCGGAAAGUGACACGAUUCGCGUCUCCUUGACAGAGGAUCCUGAAUACGAGGCCAAACCAUGCGUGGCCCUUCGAGGUGUGGCCGAGCAAGCCUUGGGCAAGGGCGUGGAGCCCUUUGAAGAAAAGACGGAUCGCCGAAAGGGCGUCUUCUAUCGACGCGAGUGCACCUGGCCAAUCGACGUGCCCUUGAACCAGGAUGGCUCCGUCUUUGCGCGCAUGUCUGUGAAGGAGCUUGCUUCGUUGGAUACCGCUCAAAUGUGCGACCGACUUGGCUUGCGGCUCCGCGCUGAUGGCGAUGUGCAGAAAGACUGGAAGAGUGUGGAUGUCGUCGUCCUCGAUGGCAUGGUUACACCCAAUGUUGGUGUGAAACUGAAGACUCUUAUGGAUGUGCCAACAGGUGUGAUCUGCAAAGCAGGCCCAAAUGUGCCAGACGGCGCCACCAUCCUCGUCACUUGCGAAGAUGCUGCUGAGGGUGAGAAGAUGUCUGAGCGACUUGGGGGUUAUGCCAUGGUCUUCAACGGCGAAGAAUCCGAGGAGACCAUGCUGGCCGCGCUCAACAACGCCUCGCCAAGGCUGGUGAUGUUGAAGCCCAAGUCGGAUGGCAGGACCUUCCUUGCCAGGAGGUUCUUUGCAAAGCUUCGCCAAUGCGAAAGUUCUGUGCCAGCAAUGCUGUGGUAUGAGUACCCCAAGGAGGAGGGCAAGGACCAAGACGAUGUUGUGGUCAAUGCAUCUGCAGACUUUGGCAGUCUUUUUGUCGAUGGCAUGGGCGAGGGCCUCUUGUGGGACGCGGAGGAGCUGGCUCCCGACAUGCUCCGAGAGUCUUCGUUCAACCUCCUGCAGGCCUCGCGUAUGCGAAUCUCCAAGACGGAGUUCAUUAGUUGCCCCUCCUGCGGCCGAACACUCUUCAACCUGCAAGACACCACGGCGAAGAUCCAGGAGCGCACUGGACACUUGCCAGGUGUCCGUAUCGCGGUGAUGGGCUGCAUCGUGAAUGGGCCUGGUGAAAUGGCGGAUGCAGAUUUUGGCUAUGUUGGAAGUGGUGUCGGAAAGAUUGAUCUCUACGUCAAAUAUGACUGCGUGAAGAGAGGCAUUCCCUCUGAAAAUGCCGUGGAGGCGCUGGUGGACCUCAUCAAAGAGAAUGGACGUUGGACGGAGCCAGCGGAUGCUGAAGAUGUGGAGGCGGAGGUGGGAGCCGUUGCAGUUCUUUGA